CGAACCGGAAGCUUCCGUGUUCACACAGUAAAGGAACAAUAAUAUCACUCAUACUGUUGUACUUUUCGGAAUGUAAUUACAAAAAAAAAAAAAAAUCUAAAUUUGAUUAAGUUAUAGUUUUGCACAUUCAAACAGCAUGUUGCGGUCAAAUAAGAGCAAAGAAGAAACUAUUUCGGACCGUGGAAAAUGGAGCAGAGUGGGAACUCUUGAGAGCUUUUCCUCGCUGAUGUGUCGCAACAUCACCUCCAGUAGUACCGUUGUAUUAUUCUCCUCUUGGUCUGCACCUCUAUCAAUCAUCCAAGCAUUGAUUUGAAGACUGCACAAUAAUACGAGAGGCGGAGAUGAUGUUACAAAAGAGAUAAGAGUUGAGACAAUCAUGUGUGGACUGUUGGCAUACGUUAGCAUGAUCAGUGUUAGCUGUGGCUAGCACGUCACCGGCGUCAUUACACCACUGAGGUCACUUUGGAGUGAAAGUGCCGGCCGGCUCCUCUUAAAGGUGCCUGACACAAAGAGCAAACUCUUUUGACAAUCUGGGACAGUAUGGCACCUCAUCCGGUGGUCCAAGCCAUCAUUGACCUCUCUGCCGGAGCAAUAGGCGGGGCUGCGUGUGUCUUCAGUGGUCAACCUCUGGACACAGCCAAGGUGAAGAUGCAGACCUUCCCCACGCUCUACAGGGGCUUCAUCCACUGCAUCACGUCGACCUACAAGCUUGUCGGCGUACGUGGCCUUUACCAGGGAACCUCGCCGGCUCUGAUGGCCAACAUCGCCGAGAACUCAGUACUCUUCAUGAGCUACGGCUUCUGCCAGCAGGUCAUCCGCUUCGCGGCGGGUUUGCACAGUGACGCCGUGCUGAGCGAUGUGCAGAAAGCGUGUGCCGGCUCAGUGGCGUCCAUUUUCUCUUCGCUGGUACUCUGCCCCACGGAGCUGGUCAAGUGUCGGCUGCAGGCCAUGUAUGAGAUGGAGCUCUCGGGCAAGAUUGCAAGGAGCCAGAACUCGGUGUGGUCGGUGAUGAAGUCCAUCAUGAAGAACGAGGGGCCGCAAGGCUUCUUUCAGGGCCUGACCACAACUAUCGCCAGAGAGGUCCCCGGUUACUUCUGCUUCUUUGGCGCCUACGAGCUCAGCCGCAGCGCCUUUGCCGACUACAUGAAGUGUGACAAAGACGACAUAGGCGUGGCUCCAAUUGUAUUCAGCGGUGGUUUGGGAGGGGCGUGUCUUUGGCUGGUGGUCUACCCGAUGGACUGUGUCAAGUCUCGCAUCCAGGUCAUGUCCAUGACGGGUAAACAGGGUGGAUUCUUCAAAACCUUUAUGACCAUCGCACGCACUGAAGGUAUGAGAGCACUCUACUCGGGUCUCACCCCCACCAUGGUGCGCACCUUUCCUGCUAACGGAGCCCUCUUCCUGGGCUACGAGGCCAGUCGCAAGAUCAUGAUGAAGCAGUUUGAGUGAAUGAUGCAGACUUUUUCAACAAGCCUUGAAGUGUAUUAGCUCAUGAAAACUCCCACUGAUGUUGAACCACGUGAAGGAUCUGCAUUUCUUGUUUACAUCCUUUCAAAGUAUUUUAUUUGUUUUAGAGCUAACACAUGGGAGUGCCCUCAAGAGAUUCUACUGCCAGUACUUGUGAGAGACAGAUCAUGUGGAAUUGUCCGCACUCCAUCCUCGCCUACCUCAAUACAUAAAUAUUACAUAAAGUACAAACACUCCUUUUUAACGCACAACAAUUUUAAAGUAAAGGUGCUCACUGGUCUGAUACAUUUGAUCUCUCUCUUCACUUGGUUUUAGAAGUAGUGUCAUUAUUGCACAAACUGAUUUCCUAGUGUAUUUGAUGCCAAUGACUUCUUACAAGCCAAAUCAUUUGUCAGCUCUGCUAAAACACUCCAACACAACUCAAUUGUUUGCCUUCUGUCCAUUGUCGUUUCAACACAAAACUUGCCUUUUAAAUAGUAUUUUUGCCUUUUGUUCCCCUCCAAAUGUCUCUUAGUGUUGUGCUAAUUGCUCUCUGUGUACAGGGUUGCUCCACUCUUUUUGCAGUACACAAUUCUCAAGUCAUAUUCCUUUUUAAUAUAGAUGUUUUAUUAACAAAAAUGCCAACAGCUGGAAAUAGUUGUGUACAUUAUAUAUAACAACCUUGGUAUUGUAGUUAGAAAAUUAAUAAACGUUUCUCUGUAGAAGCAU